AUGGACAAAUAUGGAUAAAUAGUUGGUACAGAUUUUAUAAGUAAGGUUAGAGUUAACUUUGACACAACUAGCUUAAGUGAGAGACAAAAUCUAUAUCCUCCAAUUAUUGAGGGUUCUAAUAUUUUUGAUGUAAUAGGUGGGGUCGCUGUAAUUUCUGAUAUUAUCGUUGUUGGAACUCCAGGAACAUCAUAUCAGCUUACAUUCUCCACGGAUGGGAUCGAUCUAAGUAAAACAUCAAACAAGGAUGUUAUGAAUAAAGAAGGACUCUCAAACCUGAAUUUUAAUUUAGAUUUCAAUCUCAGAGAAUGCGAGGUUGGAGAGUAGUUUACUGUUGCUGGUAAGUGUUAACUAUGCCAAGGUAGUUAUUCAUUAAUUAAAAUGAGUGAGCCUGGUAGUUGUGAUGUAUGCCCAAAGGAAAAAGCUAAAUGUCUUGGAGGAGCUCAAAUAGGGCCACUUCCUGGCUAUUGGAGAAGAAAUAAUGAAUCUAAGAUUUUUUCUUAAUGCCUAUAUGAAUUAGCUUGCUUAGGAAUGAUUCCUCCGAAUAAUAAUAUUUUAGGAGAGUGUUCAAAAGGAUACCGAGGUGUAUUAUGCGCUGAUUGUGAAAUUGGCUUUUCAAGGGAUAAUGAUUUUCAAUGCUCUUUUUGCCCAAUUCCUUUUUUAAAUUCUCUAAGAUUGCUUGCAAUAUUAACUGCAGUUGUAAUUUUGGUUGUUUUCAUGAUAAGAUCUUCUUUGAAUGGAGCAAUGGAUGCUAAUAAUGUAACUAGUAUCUAUCUGAAAAUACUCUUAAAUCAUUUCUAGCUUAUUUUAGUUACGGCUUCAUUUGAUUUUAGAUGGUCUUAGCAAAUAGUAGAAUUUUUCAGUUCAACUAAAUAAGUAGCUACUGCUUCAACUUAAAUCUUUAGCUUUGAUUGUUUUCUAGAUAAAAGAAGCUCUAAUGAUUAAUCUAGUCAAGGACUAAAUAGGAUAUUCUUUCAGAAACUAAUUAUGAUUGCCUUAUUACCUUUCUUGCUAACAAUUCUUUGCUUUAUUGUGUGGAAUACUUAUAUGAAAAUUCAAAAAAAUUAAGUUGAAAUGAGAGGUAAAAUUCUAUCAAGUUUGGUAAUUUUAUUAUUCCUAGUCCAUCCUAGCUUGGUCACUUAUUCUUUUCAAAAUUUCAAAUGUAAGGAGGUAGAAGGUGAAUAAAGAGUCUAGGAUGAUCUAGAAAUUUAAUGUUGGUCAACUGUUCACAAUGUAUACAGCUACUUCGUUGCUUUACCAAGUAUCAUUGUUUGGGGCUUAGGGAUCCCAUUUUUUGCAUUAAUAAUUCUAAUUAAGAGAAGGAAGUAAUUAAAUUCAUUUGAUAUCAGACAAAGUUAUGGAUUCUUAUACAGAGGCUAUCGAAAAGAUUAUUAUUAUUGGGAAAUAGUAAUAAUGUAUAGAAAAAUCUGCAUUAUUUUCACUGCUGUAUUUAUUAGUAACUUCGGAGUAGUUGCAUAAGCACUUAUCGUAUUCUUUAUUCUUAUCAUAUUUUUACUGAUUAAUUUUAAGAAAUAGCCAUUUAACACACUUGUUCUCAAUGAUUUGGAAACAUUAUCACUAAUUACAUCAAUGGUUACAAUUUACUGUGGACUAUUUUUUAUCUUAAAUAAGCCUUAAGAAUGGAUAGAAGAAAACCCUGAUUAUGCAAGAGGCUCAGUUUCAUUAUCUAUUGGCUUUUAAAGAUUAUUUUUUGCUCUAAUUUUGAUCUCAAAUUUGCUAUUUUUUACCUACUGGUCUCUAAAGAUGUAUGAAGAAGCCAAAGCAAAAUUUAGGGAGAAAUUUACUAAAAUCUAUUUAGCCUUAUGCUUGUGCUUUAAUAAAAAUAAACUAGAAGCCGAAAUUAUAGCCCAAGAUAUUGAGUAACAAAAUAUUAAUUACUAUCAAUAAUUGAGUAGCUAACUUAAGUUAAUAAAAAAGCAAUUUAGAAAUGGAGAACUAAAGUUAAACAAAAAUAACAUAGAAAGACUAUUGAUCAGUCUUAGUUUAGAAUAAAUUAAAAAGUAAGUGAGACCUAGAGAAUAUGAGAGCUUUGAUGCAAAUCAUUUUGAAAGGGAGCAGAAAAGACUUCUUCGUCGUAAAUAUUCAAUUUCUAAGAUAGAGUAGGCCAAACACUCUCUCCAUAGAUAAAAUAAUAAUCAAAAUUUGAAAAAACAAUCAGCUUUAGAACAAAAGUUCGAAUAAAAUGAAGCUGAUUAUUAUGAAGAAAUAACCUAAUAUUAUCGAGAUGAAGAAAGUAGAUUUUAGACAAUCUAGACUGAUGACUCCUAAUUAGAUAUAAACUUUGAAAUAAAUUCCUAAAAGGCAAGAAGAAAAACCUUGAGUUAAAGUUAGCGUGGGCUAUCCUUUAAUUUCAAGUAAAAUAGAGAUAAUUAAAUUGAAAAAGGCUUUAGAUAUAACAGAUUUAAGAAAGAUAAAAUAGACACAAUAUUAAUGUCACAAUAAAAUGUAAGAUUGCCGUAAUCAAACUUAUCCAAUUAAGUUGAUACUUCAUCUUCGAACAAAUAGUCUCAAUAUAAUAAAUCUCUCACAAAAGUAGAAAACAAGGUCUAAAACAACAAUUUUCUGCGUAUUAGAAGAGAGCUUCCUGAAAUGCUUUUAAAGGCAACAACUCAAAAUUAGAAUCAAAGCAAAAAUUUACAAUAUUCACCAGCUAACAUGAUAAAUUAAUUACCCUAUCAAUUUCAAUCUUCAAACUAAAGCUAGUUAGAGUCAUUAUAAGAAAGUGUUAGCUAAAUUGAUUAAAAUUCUAGUAUAUAUGAAGAAAUCUUAGAAGAAGAUUAAUCUUAAUAAACUGAAGAAUUCAUUAAAAUUGCUAAUGAAUACAAUUCUAAGAAAAAAUCUAACUUUAUUUAAGUUUCAAAAAGAUAGACUUAAAAAGGCAAGUUUGGUGUGAAAAGGAAUAAGCAUUAAAUGAUGUUAGACUCAAAAGUGAAUAGAGAUUCUUAAGGAUUUCCAGAAAAUUUGAGGACUAGUAGACAAAUGCAAAAUAAGGCAUAAUCAGAGUAUUAAGAAUAGUAAUUAAGCAUUGAAUUCAUUAAAGAUGAAGAUGAAUUAUCAGAAAAUCCCUAUUCUAAUAAUUAGAAUAUAAUAUAAGAGAAGAUUCAAACUGAAUAAUAAGAAUAAGAAAUAGCUGAAAUUUCCAAUUCAGUUGUUGAUAAAAUUGAUUAUGAAUAAGAAGAAAUUAAAUAUGACGAUAAUAAUAUCAUAAUAUUUUCGAAUCGAGAAGAAUAAAUCUAACUGCAUAAAACUAAGGCAUUUUAACCAACAAAGUCUUUUAUUAUAAAACAAAAUAAACUCUAAACAUAAAAUAAAUUAACUGAAUUAACAAAAUCUAAUAAAGAGAGCAACACUAAAUAAGAAUUAAACAUCAUUCAAGAUGAAAAUGAUUGUUAGGAGGAUCUUAAUGAAAUGGUUUUAGAACUAUUAGAUUACACCUAUAAUUCAGAAAAGACAUUUGAAAACAAUAAAAACUUUGAAUAAAGUUAAAAUUUUUCUUCGUUUGGCUGUAAUGAUAUUGAUGAUUCUUAAAAGUUAUUAUCUACUCAGAAGAUGGAGACAAAAAAUUGA